AUGCAUGAGGAAGAAAUAUACACCUCUCUUCAGUGGGAUAAUCCACCAUCAAACCCUUCUCAGAAAUGUCUGUCUUCCAACAAAUGUUCAGGGACAUGGUGUACUGUGACUGUGAUUUCCUGUAUUUUGUGCAUGGGCUUAUUAGCAACAUCCAUUUUCUUGGGCAUCAUGUGGUUCCAGGUGUCCAUUCUUGCAAUGCAGCAGCAAGAAAAACUCAUGCACCAGGACAGCUUAUUGCUGAACUUUACACAGUGGAAGAGCAACUACACUCUUCAGAUGCAAUACUGCCACACCUUGAUGCACAACUCUUCCAGGUCAGCCCAUAAAUGCAGAUCUUGUCCACACAACUGGAUUCAGAAAGGAGGAAGUUGUUACUAUGCCUCUGAAAUUUGGAGUAUCUGGCACACCAGUAAAGAGUAUUGUUUGAAGGAGGGCUCAUCUCUUCUACAAAUUGACAGCAAAGAAGAAAUGGAUUUUAUCACCCACAACUUCGAGAAGAUCAAACUGGGCUACAAUUACUGGGUGGGACUAUCUCAAGAUGGACUCAACAGAGCUUGGCUUUGGCAAGAUGGUUCUUCUCUUCCCCCUGACCUGUUGCCAAUUAAAAGCCUCCAUUCAACUACCCAGGUCUGUGGAUACCUCAAAGACACUUCCCUUUUAUCAGAUAACUGCCACAAUUACAAAUAUUUUAUAUGUGAGAUGCACAUACUCAGAUCCUGUAUCUGA